AUGAUCCGCCACCUCAACCUCCCUCCUCUCCUCCUCCUCCCUGAGACGGACUCAAAAGCCCUCAGCUUUCCGUCCAGGGAGUCCGGCCUCCGAGCCCUCAGGCAGUCGACGAGGGAGAGCAGCGAGCUCAGAGUCUCCCUCUGCACUCCCAGGCUCCUGCAGGCCCUGGUCCCCAUGAUCGGCUCCAAGAGCCAUCGACCCGGACGGACUCCCCGCGUCAUCGUCAACCUCUCCGUCCGAGCCCCCCAACAAGGCUCAAGAUCGUCGCGGUCCGGCGCCGUCCUCCUCUCAUCGAAGCCCUCAAUGUCCUCCUCUCUCCUCCGCAGAGGCCAGAGACAACGCGGCCGGGCCCUCUUCAGCCUGGCUCUGGACGACGAGAACAAGCUCGCCAUCGGGGUUCUCGCGGCGAUUCCGCCGUUGGUUGCAUGUUCGCGUCCGGGAACGCCGAAGCCGGGAUGGCCCUGUACCACUCUCCCUGGCCCCGAACAACCUCGUCAAGAUCGCGAGAUGCCGGGGCGGUCAGGGCCGUACUCAGCACGCGCGGCCGCGCGGGGAGGGGGCGACGGCGGGAGGAUCGGGCUGAUGAUUCUGGCGCAGCCUGGCGAGGAGAGGCGAGGCAGGGUGGCCGCUGAUGGACGCGGGCGCGGUGAAGUCGAUGGUGGCGAUGGUGGAGGAGGGGGUGUCCGGCGAGAGAGGAAGAGCACUGCCUUGGCUACAAUGUACGAGAUGAGCAAAGGGAGCCUGAGGUUUCGGGCGCUGGCGAAGGCGGCCGGGCCGAGAGAUGCGCUGAUGGGGUGCUCGUGCGAAGGGGAGGGAGGGGAUGAGGUGGCGAAGGAGAUGGCGAGGAGGACGCUGAAGGUCGUGAGGGGUGACGAGGAGGAGGAGGAGGAGGAGGAGGCAGGAGUGUGCAGGAGUGUCGUUUCGGAUGGGCUGGUGUCGUUUCGGAGGGAGGGUGGGGAGACGGCUUCGGUGGCGGUUCGGCGUGCAACUCUGCCAGCUUCUGAACCGCAGUGUGAACUGGGUUCUUGCAAGAGUUUGGUUUGUUUGGAUUGUGAUCGUCAUGCAGUUCUUAGCUUUCUAUCGUCUGAUCUUUGUUUGAUUUUUAUAUGA